AGAGCAGAGAGUGACAGACGCGCUCACAAGGAUAGCACAGGGAUCAAUCGAGUUCGAAUGACCUGAAGCAUCGAUCGGGUAUUCGAGCGAGCUGGGUCUAGGUGGGCAUCUCUCAAGUUAACUUCAUCGAUCAUGGGUCGUCCUGACACGGACGCGCCGCCGUCGAGCGUCGCGGCGUGGCGGGCCGUCCACGGCCACGCCCACGGAGGCGGCAGAGUUGACGCGGCACCGGCGCCGGCGGCGGACGACUCAGCGUUCGACACCAACGUGGUGAUCAUCCUCGCGGCGCUCUUCUUCGCGCUGAUAUGUGUCAUCGGCCUCAACUCGCUGGCGCGGUGCGCGCUCCGGUGCGGUGGCCGCGGGGGAGCCGCGGCCGCUGAAGGCGACGGUGUGGCGUCAGCGAGGGCGUCCCGCCGCGGCGGCGGAGGCGGCAUCAAGAGGCGCGUGCUGAGGAGCCUCCCCGUCGAGGUGUACGGCGGCGGAGGGGAGGGCAUCGACGACGUGUGCGCCAUCUGCCUCGGCGAGUUCGUGGACGGCGAGAAGGUGCGCGUGCUGCCGCGGUGCGGCCACGGGUUCCACGUCCGGUGCGUCGACGCCUGGCUCGUCUCCCACGGCUCGUGCCCGACGUGCCGGCGGCUGGUGAUCGAGGGCGCGCCCGCGAAGGGCGACGGUUGCGGCCAAAGUCGGCGUCCCGCGGAGACCGACACCAUCGCCGUGGUUAUCGUGUGAGUUGGUCGAGAGCAUCGAAGCGCCCAUACCAUUGCCGGUAUAGCACGACAAGGCACCAGCUCAGUUCUGCAUGCGAAAGCUCUUGUAGAAUUUUUCCGGCGAUGGUUGCCAUGCUUGUCAUGUGCCACGUGCUGCCUAUGCCAUUUGCCGCGUCAAAUGUAUGAUAGAAUGCUCGAUCAAUUAUAUUCCAUCAUUU